AUGACUCGCGGAGAGUUCCGGGAACACGGAAAGAACACCAUUGAGUACAUCGCUGACUACAUGGAGAACAUUCACAAGCGACGGGUUGUCCCGCAGAUUGAGCCCGGCUAUCUGAAAGAUUUGAUUCCAAACGAGCCACCGGCAAAAGGAGAAGGAUACGAGCGACUUCUCGACGACUUCGAGAAGUUCAUUAUGCCUGGAGUUACCCAUUGGCAACAUCCUCGUUUCCAUGCCUAUUUCCCGGCAGGAAACUCGUGGCCAUCAAUUCUCGCUGACAUGCUUAGCGAUGCACUUGGAUGUGUUGGAUUCAGCUGGGCUGCAUGUCCAGCGAUGACCGAACUCGAGAUGAUUAUGUUGGAGUGGUUCGGGAAAAUGAUUGGUUUACCCAAAGAGUUUCUGCCGUUUACGGAGAAUGGAAUGGGUGGAGGAGUGAUACAGGCUUCAGCAUCCGAAUGCAAUUUCGUCUCAUUGCUGGCAGCUCGUUUCGAAGUGAUGAAAGAAUUGAGACAUCGUUUCCCGUUUGUUGAAGAGGGACUUUUGCUCUCGAAAUUGAUCGCCUACUGCUCGAAAGAGGCACACUCAUCCGUUGAAAAAGCUUGCAUGAUCGGUAUGGUGAAGUUGAGAAUUUUGGAGACUGAUAGCCGCUUUCGUUUACGUGGAGAGACAUUGAGAAACGCGAUACAGGAGGACCGUAACCUUGGCCUCAUCCCAUUCUUCGUGUCGACCACUUUAGGCACAACGAGUUGCUGCUCAUUCGAUGUGCUCUCCGAGAUUGGACCCGUUUGCCAGGAGAAUGAAUUGUGGCUCCAUGUAGACGCAGCUUAUGCCGGCUCGGCGAUGAUCUGUCCCGAGUUUCGGCCAUUGAUGAACGGAAUCGAGUACGCGAUGUCGUUCAACACAAAUCCCAACAAAUGGAUGCUCGUCAAUUUCGAUUGUUCCACAAUGUGGGUUCGCGAUCGCUUCAAACUCACCCAAGCGCUCGUCGUCGAUCCGCUCUACUUGCAGCACUCAUGGAUGGACAAAUCGAUCGACUACCGUCAUUGGGGAAUUCCUUUAUCGCGUCGUUUCCGCUCUCUUAAACUCUGGUUUGUGAUUCGAUCCUACGGUGUCGAGGGACUGCAGAAAUAUAUUAGAGAGCACGUUCGACUGGCGAAGAAAUUCGAAACAAUGCUGCGAGCGGAUCCGAUUUUCGAGAUCGUCGGCGAUGUCAUCAUGGGACUCGUUUGUUUCCGAAUUCGAGCAAGUGAAGAAGCGAAUCAACAAUUGUUGACAAAGUUGAACUCGUCUGGACGCAUUCAUAUGGUGCCAGCGUCACUAAACGACCGCUUUGUCAUUCGUUUCUGCGUUUGUGCCGAGAAUCCGACUGAUAAGGAUAUUCAGAUCGCUUACGAUAUCAUCAGUCAAGCUGCUCAGCAUAUCAUUCACGAAACCUCAACCGAACCUUUACUUGAAGAUCAAUACUUGGAGGCGCUUGAGGAGAAAGGAAUUGACACAACUUCUGUCCUAAAUCAUCACUCACCGACAAGAAGACGCAUGAGUAAUUUUGAAAUCUCUGAGGGUGGCCCACUCUCUCCGUAUUCGCCGACUUUCGAAAAGCAGCCAUCAAAAGAAGAGCUGAUGAGCAUGAGAAAUGGGAAAGAUUUGGCGACGAAGAGAUCUUUCCUCGUUCGAAUGGUUUCGGAUCCGAAGUGCUACAAUCCGAAAAUCGUGCGCCAUCUAAACAUGGCAAACUAUCGAAAGAUGAGCCAAGAUGUGGCCAGAGAUAGGACGAUUAUGAAAUCUAUGUCGAUGAACAAACGCCCAACGCGACUCUCCGGCAAUUCGGCUUGCUCGUCGACGUCACCAAAUGAUAAAGCCCCGGGACCUCAGGGUGAGCCGGGUGAGUCGGGUUUGGACGGAUAUCCCGGUCAACAUGGACACAAUGGAUCACCGGGUAGACAAGCGGCAAGAGGAUCGCUCCAUGCACAAUGUAUCCCUUGCCCGAUUGGAGCCGCUGGGCCGGCUGGACCGGCUGGAGACCCGGGUCCACAAGGGAUUGACGGAAAUCCUGGAUACGAUGGCGUGCCCGGAGUUGAUGGAGACUUUGGUUUCGAUGGAGAAAUGGGUGAAACAGGAGCCCGAGGCGAGCGCGGACAUCAUGGUCCGCCUGGUUCACCCGGCAAAAAAGCUAUGCAACAAGUCGCUCAAUCUGGCCCACAAGGACCACCUGGAAAACCUGGAGUCCCAGGGAAAGCAGGCCAACCAGGACCCAAUGGAGAACAAGGAUUGGAUGGCGUUCAGGGUUCAAUGGGGUAUGCUGGACUUGGAGGAAUCGCUGGCAAUGAUGGACAAUCCGGAGAGCCUGGACAAGACGGGGCACCAGGCUUUGACGGUGACUAUUGCCCUUGUCCGAUUCGUUCAUCGAAACUCUCUGGCGAUAGUGGACGCGAGAUUCGACGAAAAUUCCAACAGAUUCUUUUUAGUGAUCCUUAC